AUGGCUAUAUUCUUUCACCAAUUGCUUGAAGAUUGUUCUCAAUAUGGAAUUCAAGAAUUCUUUUGGGGUGGUGCUCAUAGAGGCCGUUUAGCUUUACAAAAUGUUCUCUUUCAAUAUCCUACUGGUCAAUUAUUUCGUAAGUUAUGUGGAAUGAGAGAAGCUCCAGAAGAUAUUUCUGGAAUUGGUGAUGUUUCUUCUCAUUUACAUUCUGAUUUUAACUACAAAACAAUUAAUGACAACAAUGUCCAUGUAAGUACAUUACCAAAUCCUUCACAUUUAGAGGCAACAAUUGCUACACUUUAUGGGAAGGCUAGAGCUAAGGCACAAACUUUAAGAAUAGGCGAUUAUGGUGGUCAAGUUGUUGGAGAAGGUAUUCUUGCCGUUCAUCACCACGGAGAUGGUGCUUUUACUGGACAAGGAAUUGUUUGGGAAGCUCUAUCAAUGUCUCAAGUACCGAAUUUUCGAAUUGGUGGCUCUAUUCAUUUAAUUGUUAAUAAUCAAUUAGCCUAUACUGCAGACAAAAAUAUUGGACGAUCAUCAAUUCAUUGUGGAAAUGUUGCUUUAGCUAUUGACUGUCCUUUAAUUUGUGAAGUAAUUAAAGCAGCAAAAAUAGCUUUAAAAUAUCGACAAAUUUUUAGAAAAGAAAUUUUUGUUGAAUUAAUAUGUUAUCGAAGAUAUGGACAUAAUGAAUUGGAUGAACCUAGAUUUACACAGCCUGAAAUGUAUAAAGCCAUAGAUAAACAACAAUGUUUAGUUAAUAGUUUUAAAGAAAAAUUAAUUAAUGAUGGAAUAUUUACUGAAGAAAAGGCGAAUUUUGUUGUAAAAGAAUAUUUAGAGGAAUUAAAUGAAAUACUUUUAAAUGUUAAUGAAGGGAAAAUACCUCCAAUAAUUGAUCAUUUACGUGGAAAUUGGAAAGGAUUUAAACAAGCGCCUAAAUGUGUUUCUAAAUGGAAUACUGGAUUUAAUAAAGAAUUACUUAAAUUAAUUGGGGGUACUUCUGUUAAUGUUCCCAAUGAUUUUUCAAUUCAUCCAACUCUUCAAAAAUCACUUGUUAAUUCUCGACUGGAAAAAAUUCAAAAUGGAAAUAUUGAUUGGAGUACAGCAGAAUCUUUAGCAAUCGGUUCUGCUCUUUUACAAGGCUUUGAUGUUCGUUUAAGUGGGCAAGAUGUAGGCAGAGGAACUUUUAGUCAAAGACAUGCAAUGCUUGUCUGUCAACAAACUGACAAAGUUUAUAUUCCUUUGAAUAAAAUACAAGAAGGACAAAAAUGUUUUCUUGAGAUAGCUAAUAGCCCUCUUUCGGAAGCUGCCGUUGUUGGUUUUGAAUAUGGUUUUGCAAUUGAAAACCCUAAAAGACUUGUUAUUUGGGAGGCCCAAUUUGGUGAUUUCUAUAAUGGUGCUCAAGUACAAAUAGAUACUUUGAUAGCUAGUGGAGAAAGUAAAUGGUUUUUACAAAAUGGAUUGGUUUUGCUUUUGCCUCAUGGAUUUGACGGGGCUGGUCCAGACCAUAGUAGUGCUCACAUUGAACGUUUCCUUUCUUUAUCCGAUAGUAGCGAAUCUCAAUUAGUACCUGAUGGAGAUAAUAUAAAUAUGAGGAUAAUAACACCAAAAUUACUUCUUCGGCAUUCAUUUUCUUCUUCCCGAAUUGAAGAUUUUAUUGAAGGAACAAGUUUUCAGCCUGUUUUAUUUGACAAAACAAUAAAAGAAAAUAAAAAUAUUAAAAAAGUUAUAAUCUGUUCUGGAAAGCAUUCCCUCACACUUUUUAAUGAAAGAAAUAAAAGAGAAAUUUCUGACAUUGCAAUUGUUUGUUUGGAAGAAAUCUGUCCUUUCCCAGUUGUUGAUUUGGCUAAAAUUUUUGAUAUUUAUUCUAAUGCUAAAUGUAUAUAUAUAAUAAUUUUUAGAAAAAAAAUAUUUUUUUUUAAUUUUAUAGCCUUUAUUUGGUCACAAGAAGAACCAAGAAAUGCUGGAUGUUGGCCUUUUAUUCAAAAUAGAUUUAAAAAUGCUUUUGGAAUUGAACUUAAAUAUGCUGGUCGUGCAGAACAAGCGUGGAUAGCCACUUCAAUAGCUGAAGUACAUGAAAAAGAAGUUUUAGAUAUUUUGGAAGAAACUUUUUCUUAAAUUUAUUUUUUUAAUUUUUUUGGCAUUUUUUAAAUAAUAAUUAUAUUUUAUGUUAAUUAUUAUUUUCUAAUUUAUUUACAAAUUUAUAUGGAGAGUUGGAUGUCCUUUGUGUUGUUAAAAUUUAUUUUUGUAAUUAUUAGAAAAGAAAAGAAUUUUUAAAUAAAAGUAUUGUCAUUAUAAAUUUAGUUAAUUUUGUAAAAUCUUUUAAAGAAUUUUUAUUUCAAUUUUAUUUAUUUUUUAACUAAAUUUGAGUUAAAAAUAUUGAAAAAAAUAAAUAUAAUCGCCAACCUCCCCACAUAUUUUCCCCCUUUUUUAAUUUUCUUUUUCACACUCCAAAUUCUAAAAUAAUAAUAACAAUCACACACACACAAGAGCAUUCAACAAUAACAACAACAACAAUUCAUUUAUUUUCUAUACAUUCAUUCCCCUUAUUUAUUUUGUUUUC